CGUCGCGGACCGUCUUACGAUACGCACGUACUUUAAAUCUGGGGUCUUUAUACGCGACUGUGAUUACUGAUUUCAUUUUGUAUUCCACACUACAUACAACGGCAACGUGACUAUACCAGUAAAACAAGUUUUGAGAAUCGCGUACCGGCGCGCGCGGCUGAAUUAGAUUUUUAUUAUCUGUGGUAGCCAUAGCCAACGCAACAGUUUAGAAAGUCACUGGUUUGAUAGAUUUAAAAAAAUAAAUUGUGACAUUGUUGUGUACGACAACAGUUGAUUGUAUUUUUUAUAUUUUAACUAGGUACCUAUAUCGUUAAGUUUUUGCGUAAAAAUGGCUUGUUCAGUAUGUAUGAAUCCAGAUGGGAAACCUGUGAAAAUGAGGAAAGAAAAAGACACGAUGGGCGAGCUGGACGUGCCGGACGACAAGCUGUACGGCGCGCAGACCGUGAGGUCCAUUAUGAACUUCCCCAUCGGAGGGAUUGAGGAGCGUAUGCCGUACCCAGUAGUGGUUGCUAUGGGAAUCUUGAAGAAGGCAGCUGCAAAAGUCAAUAUUGAGUAUGGUCUGGACAAAAAAGUUGCGGAAGCCAUAGUGCAAGCGUGCGACGAUGUCAUCUCGGGCAAGUUGUACCGAGAGGGUCACUUUCCCCUCGUCAUUUGGCAAACUGGGUCGGGUACACAGACCAACAUGAACACUAAUGAGGUCAUAGCGAACCGCGCGAUCCAAAUACUUGGCGGCAAACUUGGCAGCAAAGACCCGGUACAUCCAAACGAUCACGUGAACAAGUCCCAAAGUUCCAACGAUACCUACCCAACGGCUAUGCACAUAGCGGUGGCGAUGGAACUCAGGGAUAGAUUGAUGCCAGGGCUAGUGUGUUUGAGAGACACGCUUGCUUCCAAGUCGAAGGAGUUUGAGAAGAUUAUUAAGAUCGGCAGAACGCACUUAAUGGAUGCUGUACCUCUAACACUAGGCCAAGAGUUCUCCGGAUACGCGUCCCAACUCACAUAUGGUAUAGAGCGAGUGUGUAGCACACUACCUCGUCUGCACUACUUGGCAUUGGGUGGAACUGCUGUGGGCACCGGGCUCAAUACCAGGGUGGGAUUCGCCGAAAAAUGCGCUAAGGAGAUCGCUAAUUUGACUGGUAUUCCUUUCGAAUCUGCACCGAACAAGUUUGAGGCGUUGGCCUGCCACGACUCGAUGGUUGAAGUAUCUGGAGCUCUCAACACUAUCGCUGUAUCUCUUAUGAAGAUCGUGAACGACAUCCGUCUAUUAGCUUCCGGACCUAGGUGCGGUCUUGCUGAAUUACUCCUGCCAGAGAACGAACCUGGUUCAUCUAUUAUGCCAGGCAAAGUGAACCCCACGCAAUGUGAAUCCCUCACAAUGAUCGCCGCUCAAGUGAUGGGCAACCACGUGGCCUGCACCAUCGGUGGUAGCAACGGUCACUUUGAGCUCAACGUCUUCAAGCCCAUGAUUGUGGCCAACGUUCUCAGGUCUAUACGGCUUUUGGGUGACGGUUGCCAAGCUUUCAACAAGAACUGUGCGGUCGGCAUCAAAGCAAACGUGGCUCAAAUCGACAAGAUCAUGAAAGAAUCCCUCAUGCUUGUCACUGCUCUUAACCCGCAUAUUGGAUACGAUAAGGCUGCUCAAAUCGCGAAAACGGCGCACAAAGAAGGCGGUACUCUCAAGGACACGGCUAUCAAGCUAGGCAUCCUGACCGCUGAACAGUUCGACAAGUGGGUCCGACCUGAAGACAUGCUGGGGCCCAAGUAGACCUGAUGAUGCACUGGAUCGAGGGUCUGCUGCAUCGUGUGCGGGGUAGCCUUGACGUGGAUAAUGUAGUAAAGGGAUGUUCUAAUACAGUAGAAAGCUGUUUAAAGUCUUGAAAAUUGUCCUCUUAUUGAGCAUAAUAUAUUUAUAUCAUUUUAUAAAAAAAAAGACGUGUGGCACUCGGGGACUGCCGCGGUACAGCUAUUGCAUGCUAUGCCUUCAAGCCACACCUCCGCCCGUCGGAGUGGGGAGCGUGAGGUUUUUCGUUACAAAAUUUUUGGAUUCGGUCCCCGCGCUCAAGGCCCGCGAUAGAAGCUAUGCAAUAGCUUAAAAAUAAACCCUAUUUAAUAUUUUGAUACUUGCAUGUUUAUAAGAAGGGAACAACGAAAUAUAAUUUCUCAUGACACCUUUGAGUUAUCUGCUAUCUACUGUAUUAGGAUAUCAAUGUAUUAUUUCAAGUUUACUGCAAUUUACAGUUGUGUUAAUUUUAAAUCAUUUUUAAAUUUUAAAUCAAUUUUUCCAUCAAUUGUUAUUGAUGGAAAAAAUGGUAGAAAGAAGUCAAGGUUACCUUAUUAUAUUUAUUUUAUGAUGGAAACACAGUGUACAUGUAUUUAAUUUAAUUUUUGAUGUAUGUUCCGAUUAUUAUACAUUUUUUUAUUCAAAAUAGUAUCUGCGAGUGUAUACUAUGUGAUGCCUUAGAAACAAAAAAAGUUCCGAUUGGAAUUAACUCUACCACAAGAAAAUACGUAUAAAUGAAUAAAUAUAACUGCCAAUGACAUUAUAAAUUAAAAGGUGUAGUUAUGUUACCAAUAAAACAUUCAAUCUUCUAAGAGCUAGCGCGCAAGAGCAACUUUUGUCUCCGCA